GAUUGUUUUAUUUUAACAAAGAGUGAAUAGCUGUCUUGUGUUGAUUCUUUACAAUAUUUUUGAUGUUUUUAUAUUGAAAUAUUACUUAAUUUUUUCUGUAAAUUAAAUUAUAUAAUGUUUAAAAAAGAGGUGUAUGGUGAGUUAGUGUAUCACUAAGUGAAAUAACACUAUUUAGUGACUAUUAUUUUUGCGGCCGACAACUUGGUUAGAAUCAUGUUAUGGUUUAUUGGACAAUACGUACGAAGUAUCUAAUGUUGAGUAUGAAUGUUUUGCAUAGUUUUGAUAUUGGUAGUUGACAUACAUAUGCUUGCAUUUACAUUUUUUGCUGAAGAUACUGUAUAUUAGUGUGAAAAAUGUCUGUGUGUACACCUAUGGAUGUGUUUGAUUUCAUCAAAAGAUGGAAAAGGAUUAUUGAAAACUACUUUACUUACCGACGAAUAUUUAUUGUUUUGAUAGUUAUCAUUUGUUUAUUCCUUUACACGGGCCAGAACUUUUUACGUUGGUUGAAUUCGGCUUCUUUCAAGCAAGAAGACCUUGCAGACCGAUGCUUGAAUGAUAAACUAUCACUUUUCAAAUUUGAUAUUGAAAACUUUGACGCCUAUAUUCAUCCUUCAACGACCGAAGAGGAUAAGAAGAUAUUCCAUCCUUUUGUUGGUAAUGGAUUGUUUGGAGUGAGUGUAGAAAAUGAUUCUCCUAUUUAUGUAAAAACUACUAGAACUUUAUCCUGGCCUAUCUAUUGGCAUCCAAUUGUGAACAUUCAGUAUGAUGUCAUGACUCCAAAAGAGACAGUUCUCACCCAUUAUCUAUCUGGAACCGUCUGGCGCUAUCAGUGUUACAGUAAUGGUGUGCAUGUUAAAUAUGAACAUUAUGCUCACCGAACUUUGCCUUUUCUUUUUGUUCAAGAUAUAAAAAUAACCAAUCCAACCAGCAAAAUAAUCUAUUUAGAAGCAAAGCAACUUCAACAAACUAAGUGGCCUACUGCUGUUACACAUACUGUUAAUCUUCUUCAUAAAAAUGGUGAUAAAUUUGAAUAUAGCGUUGUAUCUGGUUUUGUAGAAGAUAAACAGGCUUCUAAUAAGGGAUUAUCCGUAACUAUUGUAACCAGAAAGUUGAUGCAGUACAUCGAAGUAGGACCUCAAAGUAGUUUAUCUCUUCAACUAUUCACCGCUGUUCAUUAUUCGAAACAGAUAUCAAAGACUGAUUACUCAGAAAUGAAAGAUGUUAUUGAAAACAAGUGCAUACAGUUGAUGAAAACCGCUUUAGAGAAACCUUUAUCAACUUUGAGACAAAGUCAUAUUGAUGUGUGGCGUAACCUAUGGAGCACAGGUUUCUAUAUAAGUUAUUCUAAAGCAGCAAAUGCAAUUAAUGGAGACUUAAUCAAUGCUACAAUCUAUUAUGUGCUGUCAAGUGUACGGUCGUCGUACUAUGAAGAAGCAACACCGGCAUCAAUGAAGAAUGAACUGAGGAGUAGUCUAUCAUACGCGGAGGGAUGUUACGGCUCGAACCACCACACUCUACAAGCCGUCAAGAUUUGGGGAGACCUCUCCACUGUGGAAAAAGUAAAUAGAAUAGUUUCCUAUUGGCUACUAACUUUGGAAAAACAAGGUUGCCACAAUUUGGUGCGCGUUGGCGCUAGUGGAGUAAUCCAAGCCAUGGUGCUUAGUUUUGGAGGAUUCCGGUUUAGUAAUCAGCAUCUAGAAUUGAACAUCCACCCACAGUUUCUGCAUCGAGAAUACCAUUUCAGGAGAUUGAACUAUGGCAACUUGACUCAUGUCAAUGUCAGUGUUGUUUUGAAGGAGGAUAAUAAAGCCAUUCUAAAUGUGGCCUUGGAUAGAAGUGACAAGAGUUAUUACGCCUGCGACGCCGGUUGUUUAGAUGACCCCGUGCAACUUGGACCCGAGAAGAUAACUUUUCCAGUAAAGCUGACCGACCCUGUCACUCCUAUUCUGUACAUCACUUCGGACAAGCAACACAUGGAGCUGCUGCAACAUGCAAUCCAUGUCAAAGAAGUCAUCGAAGCUCCUGCACAUGAGCACCAUGUCAUAGCUCUCCACAAACAUGGACAUCAUUUAGGUGGACUCCCAACCCUCUUCUGGGUGUCUGUUGGCUUUCUAAUAGUUGUUUUCCAUCUUUUUCUCUUUAAGUUGAUUUAUAACGAAUACUGCGGAAAGCAUGAGAGUCGGAGAAUGCGUUAUGGCAAGUUGUAGGGUAGCUUCUAAGAGGCUGCUUGCAAAUUAAUUAAGAGUGAGCUUUCUUAUGCAUUUGGGUACAAUUCUAUAUCAAAGAACAUCAAGCUUUCAAGGUUUAAAGAAACCUUUAAUUCCAUGGUUUGAUAAAUCAAUAUUUUUUACUAUAUUAAGAAAGCAUUCAACUCUGAUACAUAAAUACUGGUCAUUAUUCGUUUCCGUACUUUUUUUGUCUUCUCCAUAGUCAUCGACCAGUUUUUCCACAUUUUUUUGGGGAAUUCACGUUGGCAGUUUCAUAUAUUUGUAUUUAUGCUUGUCUACUUUGAGUCCAAAAAUAUUGAUCUAGGAGUUACCCAGUGAAUGAAGUGAUUGUGUUUGCUUUUAAAAGAGAUUAUUUUUAAACAAUGAAUAUAGGGCGUCAAAUAAUGUGAGGGUAUAUUAUAUGCAUAUGGCAUGAGGAAAAAACAUGAAAAAUAUUAUAAACUAACAAGUAUUGUUCUAAUCAUACUAUGAAAAAAGAAGAAAUGCUUGCCUGUCAAUAGCUCAGAAUAAAAAAAAAUUAAAUAGCACUUUAAUUUGAUAUUUUAAAUCGCUACCUCCUGGUCUCUCAGCCACUCUGAAGCAUUCUUGGUUAGUUCAUACAGCCAAGCGCGUUAUUUAAUGGGUGGAGGAGGGGGUCCUAAGCCUAUUAUCCCUUCUACAUUAUCAAAAACGUAGCUAAAUAGCUUUGAAAGUAUAGCUUGAUCAUAGAUAGAGUAGAUACAAUUUGGGCACAAUCAGUAAAUUGUUAGCAGGAAUAGCUAGCUACUUGAGAAUUAAAAGUUCCGCAACACACGUUACAUAGAAUUAACAAGGGGCACGUGUUCCAACAUGCCACAGUAGAAGCAGAAGAAAGGGAAGAAUCAGAUAGGACGUAAAUAUUAAUGCAGUUAAUUAAAUAUGUUUAAAUAUUUAUUUAUGUGUUGAAAUUAUUGAAAAAAGUAUGCUUUCUUGGUGGGAAUUUGUUUGAAAGAAAGUAGUGUAAUAAAUUUGCACUUUGUUACUAACUGAUAACGGUUAAUAUUGACAAAUCGAAACUGGGUAUAUUAAUAUGCUGAUGAAAGUUUGAUGUCUUUUGAAACAGUAUU